AUGUGCACUGCCUCCUCCUCUUCCAGUUCCUCUCACACUCCUCAUCCCCCGCCGCAGAGGAUGCGGCGCAGCGCCGCGGGUUCCCCGCCCGCCACUGCUGCCGCCGGGAGCGGGAACGGUGCGGGCGGCGGUGGCAGCGGCGGCCGCGGUGGCACAGGCGGCGGCGGCGGCGGCGGCGGCGGCGUGAACUGCGCCCCGGUUGCGGGAGCCGGCCGGCUGCUGCAGCCCAUCCGCGCCACGGUGCCCUACCAGCUCCUGCGGGGCAGCCAACACAGUCCCACGCGCCCGCCCGCCGCCGCCGCCUCGCUGGGCACACUCCCGGGGCCCGGCGCGGCUCGCGGCCCCAGCCUGCCCAGCCCGACGCCGCCGCCGACCGCGGCCCCGACCGAGCAGGCGCCGCGGGCCAAGGGCCACCCGAGACGGUCCCCAGAGAGCCACCGGAGGAGCAACUCACCUGAGCGCCGGAGCCCCGGCUCGCCCGUGUGCAGAGGUAGCGAGCCCAACCCUUGCGUCCUCCCGGGCUGCGUCUCCCCGACGGUGCCCUCCGUGGAAACUUCAGCCUCUCCGGGCUUCUCUUUGCUAGUGCAUUAUCGAAGCUGGAAGCAGAGAAUCUAGCAGAGGACUCCAACCAAGGCCCUGG